UAAAAACAAGCAAAAAAGUGAUUUUGUCACCGAAUCACCACAAUCCUUAAACCCUACUUCAGCCGUCGUGCUCUUUCUCUGAACUCUUUUCUUCUUCUUCUUCUUCUUCUUCCUUCUGAGCAGCAUCAACAUGGCUCUCGCCAACGAGGGCGCAACGAAUGCCAUUGAAUCGGUGGCUUUCAGUUUUCUAACCAAUGAAGAGUUACUUAAGAGUAGUCGCGUCAAGGUUACCGAUACAAAUCUCUGCAAUAACAUCGGUCAUCCUGUUCGCGGCGGUUUAUAUGAUCCUGCUUUCGGUCCUUUACUGGACAAUAGGUCUAAUUGUGAAUCCUGUGGCAUGUCCAAAGACCAUUGCUCGGGUCAUUUUGGUCAUAUUGAGCUCGUUUCCCCUGUCUACAAUCCUUUGAUGUUCCUUUUUCUUGGCAAAAUUCUAAAUAGAACGUGUUUCUCUUGCCACUAUUUUAGGGCUAGUAGGGAUGAGGUGAAAAGGCGUGCGUCCCAAUUGGAGCUCAUUUUGAAAGGGAAUAUUAGCAAGGCUAAAAGUUUAGGUGAAAUUAAACUAAAUGAAACCAUUGAUUCAGUUGAUGAUGAUGAUGAUGAUAGCCAAUGGAGUGGUGCUGAGCAACUGGGAGAAAGUUGGACCUCCCUUCAAUUUUCCGAGGCAAUGUCUGUUAUAUAUGAGUUUCUAGCGAAGGACUACAAGAAGUGUCUAAAUUGUGGAUGCAUCAGUCCUAAAAUUACUAAACCAACCUUUGGACGCUUCAACGUGAAAGCUCUCUCAUCUGUUCAAGCCAGAGCAAAUGUUAUUUCAUCAGCCAAAGCUGCAGAUGUUCAAGCCGAUGAAGAGGAUAUUACCUCUGGUGGUGCUGGAAAUAGUAAUGGAAAUAAUCAAAUAUUGUCCAUUAAGCUUGUUGAGCAAUCUUCACUUUCUGGAUCUUUGCUACCCUCGCAGGUUCAGGAAAUGAUAAAGCUUUUGUGGAAAAAUGAAUCUAGGCUGUGCUCGCAUAUCAGCGACAUUCAAGAUCAAGGUUUUGGAAAGAAAGCCGGUCACUCAAUGUUCUUUCUGGAAAACAUUUUCGUUCCGCCAAUCAAAUUCCGCCCCCCAUUGAAAGCGGGCGAUAAUGUGGCGGAGCAUCCUCAAACUGUUCUGUUGAGUAAGGUUUUAGAGUCCAACAUAUCCUUGGCAGAUGCCCAUCGAACCAAGUCAGAUGCAUAUUAUAUUCUAAGGCGGUGGCAGGAUCUUCAGGGAUCUGUAAACCUCCUAUUUGACAAUAAAACUUCUCUAAGAAGCCAAAAAGAUGCUUCUGGAAUAUGUCAGUUGCUGGACAAGAAGGAAGGCAUCUUUCGCCAGAAAAUGAUGGGAAAAAGGGUUAAUUAUGCAUGCCGCUCUGUCAUUUCACCAGAUCCUUAUUUAGCAGUCAAUGAAAUUGGGAUUCCCCCAUAUUUUGCUCUAAGGUUAACAUAUCCUGAGAGAGUGACUCCUUGGAAUUCAGCCAAGUUAAUGGACGCUAUCCUAAAUGGUCCUGACACCCAUCCAGGUGCGAUACUCUAUACUGAUAAAACAUCAACACUCAGGCUUCAGAAAGAUAAGAGUUUACGUUCUUCAACAUCAAGGAGAUUACAAUCCUCAAGAGGGGUUAUUAUGCAUCAUGGGAAGAUACAUGAACAUGAAUUUGAAGGAAAAGUUGUGUAUCGUCACUUGAAGGAUGGCGAUGUAGUGCUUGUUAAUCGACAGCCAACACUUCAUAAACCUAGUAUAAUGGCCCAUGUAGUGCGCGUUCUAAAGGGGGAGAAAACGGUACGCAUGCAUUAUGCAAACUGCAGUACAUACAAUGCUGAUUUUGACGGUGAUGAGAUUAAUGUUCAUUUUCCACAAGAUGAAAUUUCACGUGCUGAAGCUUACAAUAUUGUAAAUGCCAACAACCAAUAUGUGAAGCCUACAAGUGGUGAUCCAAUCAGAGCCUUGAUUCAGGAUCAUAUUGUAAGUGCUGCACUUCUCACAAAAAAAGACACCUUUUUGAGCUGUCAAGAAUUCAAUCAACUUCUCUACAGUUCUGGUGUAUCCAUGACUGGGAUGGGCUCUUUUUCUUGCAAACCAGGACAGAAAGUUUUAAUGUCAAACUCUGAGAGUGAAAUGUUUCUGUUUCCUCCAGCAAUAUUCAAGCCAGAGCCGCUGUGGACAGGAAAACAGGUUAUCAGUGCAUUGCUAUGCUAUAUCACUAAAGGUCGCCCACCAUUUACCGUAGAGAAGAACGCAAAAAUCCCAUCUAGUUUUUUUAAGACUCAAACGGGGGAAAUAAAAAAACACACUAAAGAUACAUCAAGAAAGAAGGAUGAGCUUGAGGAUAAAUUGUUGAUAUAUAGAAAUGAUUUGGUGCGCGGUGUAGUUGAUAAGGCUCAAUUUGGUGACUAUGGAAUGGUGCAUACAGUGCAAGAGUUUUAUGGCUCAAAUACUGCUGGCAUUCUUCUUUCGGCAUUAAGUCGGCUGUUCACAAACUUUUUACAGAUGCAUGGGUUCACUUGUGGGGUUGAUGAUCUUCUGAUAAAAGUAGGAAAAGAUAGUGAAAGACUAAAUCAACUUGAAAGCUGCGAGGAAAUCGGUGACAUUGUUCAUCGUGAAUUCAUUGGAGUCAUGGAGAGUGAAAAUAUAGAUCCAAUCACAAUGCAGUUGAAUGUUGAGAAAAAAAUACGCAGUAAUGGAGAAGCUGCCAUAACAUACUUAGAUAGGAAGAUGAUAAGUAAUCUUAACUCCAGAACUAGCUCAGGGGUAUUGAAGGAGCUACUAUCUAAAGGAUCAUUAAAACCCUCAGGAAAAAAUUGGAUUUCUCUUAUGACUACAUCUGGAGCUAAGGGCAGUAUGGUCAACUUCCAGCAGAUAUCUUCUCAUCUUGGCCAACAAGAGUUGGAAGGAAAAAGAGUCCCACGUAUGGUUUCUGGAAAGACCUUACCUUGCUUUCCAUCAUGGGAUUGUUCCCCCAGAGCAGGAGGGUUCAUCAUUGAUCGGUUUCUUACAGCUCUUCGUCCACAGGAAUAUUACUUUCAUUGUAUGGCUGGUCGAGAAGGAUUAGUUGACACUGCAGUCAAAACAUCUAGGAGUGGUUACCUGCAAAGAUGUCUAAUGAAAAACCUGGAGUCUCUUAAAGUUUGUUAUGAUCAUACUGUCCGUGAUUCUGAUGGGUCAAUUAUUCAGUUUCACUAUGGAGAAGAUGGUGUGGAUGUCCAUCAAACUAGCUUUAUCAACAAAUUUGAAGCAUUGUCAAUUAAUAAAGAAUUGAUUUACAGCAACUGUUGCCGUCAGCUAGAUAGGUCUAGUCCUUAUAUUAACAAGUUGCCUGACGCUCUUAAAGGAAAAGCAGAAAACUUCAUUCGUGAUUUUUCUUCAAAACAGAGAAAUUCCAGUUCAAUGAAAGAAGCAGAUUUCCUACAGGUGAUGGAACACAAGUAUGUCUCAAGUCUUGCUCAACCCGGUGAGCCAGUUGGUGUGUUAGCUUCUCAGUCUGUUGGAGAACCAGCAACACAGAUGACUUUGAAUACUUUCCACCUUGCUGGUCGAGGUGAAAUGAAUGUCACUCUCGGAAUUCCUCGUUUGCACGAGAUCGUGGUGGCAGCCAGCAAAAACAUAAAGACUCCCUUUAUGACAUGCCCCCUGAGGCCCAACAAAUCUAUGGAAGAUGCUAUUCGUCUUGCAGACAAAAUGAAAAAGAUUACAGUAGCUGACAUAAUUGAGAGUAUGAAAGUUUCUGUUGUACCAGUAGCUGUAAAAGAGGGCCGCAUUUGCAGUAUAUAUAAGCUUACAAUGAAGCUGCAUAAACCUAAACACUAUCCCAAAUACACGGAUGUUACCCUUGAAGACUGGGAGGAAACUCUAAGAGUUGGCUUUGUGAGGGAAUUGGAGGAUGCGAUUGAAAAUCACAUUUCAUUGCUGGCUAGAAUUAGUGGCAUAAAAGAUUUUCAAGGCAAAUCAAAUUCUUCAAAUGGUUUAGAUAAUGAUCAUAGCAAUGAAUCGGCAUCCAACCAAAAUGGUCAAACUGAUGAUGACGACGAAGUUGGUGAUACAGAGGAUGCUGAGGAAGAUGGUUUUGAUGCUCAAAAGAGUAAACAACGAGCUACGGAUGAGGUUGAUUACGAUGAUGGUCCUGAAGAGGAAACACAUGAUGGUGAGAAGUCAGAGGACGUUGAAGUCUCUGAGGAUGGUAAAGAUGAUGAAGAUGACAAUGGUGUUGAAGUAAAUGGAGAUGACAGUGAUAUUGAAGUAAAUGACAGUGAUAAAAAUGUGACACUUGAAGAAACUUCAAAAUCUAAAAAGAGAAAAUUUGAACCCGCGAGCAAAAAAUAUGACCGGAGAGUUUAUGUGAAAGCCGGGGGAAUGCGUUUCGAGAUCCACUUUAAAUUUAUUGGUGAACCUCACAUAUUAUUGGCUCAGAUUGCUCAGAGAACAGCCGAGAAGGUUUGUAUCCAGAACUUUGGUAAGGUUGGCCAAUGUAAAGCUAUUACAUGUAAAGAAAGUGGCGUAAUCUACUAUGGUGAAGAUGAUAGUAAAAGGGAUGAUAUUCCGUCAUCAGUUAAAGAAAAAAUACCAGCACUUCAAACGUCUGGUAUACAUUUCAAAACAUUUUGGGAGAUGGAAGAUGAUCUGAAAGUUAGGUAUGUUUAUUCAAAUGACGUGCAUGCUAUACUAAAAGCCUAUGGGGUGGAAGCAGCCAAAGAAGUCAUCAUCCGGGAAGUACAAAAUGUUUUCAAGUCUUAUGGGAUAUCGGUAAACAUCAGACACUUGAUGCUUAUUGCUGACUUUAUGACACAUUCUGGUUCCUAUCGCCCUUUGACCAGAUCGGGGAUAGCAGAUUCUACAUCCCCUUUUGUCAAAAUAUCUUAUGAGACAGCAUCCAACUUCAUUGUUGAAGCGGCUCGUCAUGGGCAGGUAGACACCUUGGAGACUCCUUCUUCUAGAAUUUGUCUCGGUUUGCCGGUGAAGAUGGGAACUGGGUGUAUUGACUUGAUUCAGAAGCUGGAAAUAUGAUGUAGCACCGAUGUUCCUCAGCUCUAGAUCUAAUGCUAUCAACAAAUUUUGACACUAUUGUACACCUGUUAUUUGCAAAAAAUUUAUGAUUAAUUUAUUUGGUUGAAAAGUAA